AUGAAGCUUAUCUUUUUGACUGUCGUGAAACUUUUUAUCCAAAUUUGUUUAUUUAUAUUCUAUUUUUUCAUUGGAUUCUUCUUCAAGAAAAUAUCAAAAAUGAGACGAGUCUACACUCCACCUGUGCUUACCCCUCGGAUGUCGCCUGUUCCAGCAGGAAAUCUCCUAAACUCGUCACCCAUGCCGAUGCAGAAAACUAGUCUAGCACCGCCAACACAAUCAUCGAUCUUUCGAACCGAUUCUUUUCGUCAGUAUAUUAGUCGACAGGCGGUACAAAAAGCCAUUCGAGGACGUGAAUUAUUCAAACGUGCUAUUCGUCGAAUUAUUGAACAAAUUCAUGCUAAAAAGCAACGUCUGAUUGAAGAGGAACAAUUGAUUGCGACGUAUGACGAAGCACUUGCGAUUUUUAGUGAUAUGACAUUUAUGAAAUGCGUUUCGUUAAAGAAGAAGUUAUUAGAUGGAAACAAUCGAGCAUGGACAAUUGAAUUCGCACGCGAGGGAGGUUUACAUGCAUUGCUGUCGUAUUUGGAACAGAUCACAACAAGGGGCUUAUCACUGGUCGAUGCCAUUUUGGUCAAUGAAACUUUACAAUGUUUACGAGCGAUGAUGAAUAUCAGUGAAUUAUUCGAACAUAUCGCAUCAAAUCCUCAAUAUAUUGAUUCGAUUGCUAAAGUUUUAACGGUUCCAUCAACUGACAUUCGAAUGCGUGUGUUCGAAUUGUUAACUGCACUGUGUGUUUACUCACAAGAUGGUUAUGAAUUAGUUCUCAAAUCAUUAGAAGAUUUUCAGGCAAAUAACAAAUUAUCGAAUCUAUUCGUUGUUAUUCUUGAACAAUUGAAAUAUUCUGUUGUUGCCAAACACAAAUGGUCAGCUAUUGCCUUGCUGAAUAGUAUUCUCUCGUCAACAGAAUCGAUUGAGAAGCGAUUGUCUUACCGCAAUAUUCUCUAUGCAAACGGAUUUGCUUUAACUUUGGAACAAGCACGCGCGGAUGAAAAUGAAGAUCUCGAUCAUCAGUUAGAUCGAUUUCUCGAAGAACAAAAGCGGGAUGAAGGAGAGUUUCUUGACCACUUCGAUCAGAAUGAUAAUCAAGCUGUUUGUCAAGCUAUUCAAUUACAAUUAGCAUCAAAUUCCAACGAAUCCGCUCUUUUUCUCACGGCCAUGCAAGUGCUCUAUUCUGUUCUGACAGAUGCAACGUCACAGGAUCGCGACAGAUUUCUUCAAGAUCUUCUUCAUUUUGUUUCGCAUAUAACAGAAAAGAAACCACAAAAGAAAACAAUUGAGAAAGCGAUACAAACAGAUAUCGUUCCUCAAUUAAAGAAUGAACUUUCUUCCACUCAACAAGAAGUACCUACUGUGCCAAAAUUAGCUCCACUACUUACAAAUACUGAAACAACUUCUGUGUUAGUCAAUAGUACAAAACAUUCAGAUAUUUCAUCUUCCCUUGUGCAAUCAGCCGUUCCUGAAGACACUCGACGAGAAGUCUCUUCUAAUCUACAAAACACUUCGGCUUCACCACCUCCACCGUUGCCUGCAUACCUACAACCUCCGCCUUCAGCUAUUCCACCUCCACCACCACUACCAAGUGGCCUGGGAGGUACACCACCACCACCACCGCCACCGCUACCAAGUGGUCUAGGAGGUGUACCACCACCACCGCCACCACUACCAAGUGGUCUAGGAGGUGCACCACCACCACCGCCACCACUACCAAGUGGUCUGGGAGGUACACCUCCACCGCCACCUGGUGUUGGUGGCGCACCAGUGCCUCCAGCGCCAGGAGGACUCAAUUUUGAGAUGAGUUUAGCUGGUCUAUCUGCUCUAGUCGAUAAUAUACCCAAACCCAAAAAUCAACUGCGACGAUUGCAGUGGAAGAAAUUACCAACCACUAUCCUGACUACUAGUCAGUUUUGGAAGGAUGUGAAUAAGACAUUGGACAAUAACAUCGAUUUUACACAAUUAGAAGAUUUCUUCCAAGUCAAAAAGGAAAAGAGUAAUAAUGGUACGCUAUCGACCAAAGCCAAACCGACGGCGGUACAAAUUUUACCUCAUAAUCGUUCGAUUGGAAUAAAUGUUUUCUUGAAAAAAUUCAAUUUUACCAAUGCGCAAUCGUUCAGUGAAUCACUACGAGAUUUUCAAUCCGAUCUAAAUAGCGAAUGUCUUCGCAUGUUAUUAAAAAUUUUACCAAACGACGAUGAAAUCAGUCUUGUACAUGAUCAUCCACGUGAGCAAUGGGCAUUACCGGAAGAGUUUAUUCACGAAAUAACUUGUAUAUCUCACUGCGAAUUCCGUAUUCGUACACGUAUCCUAAUGGCAGAAUUCGAUGAUACAUUCGAUGAUUUCAAGCGAAAAUUCCAAUUGAUUGUUAAAAUAACAACUUUUCUCCAAGUUGAACCGUCACUUAAACAAUUAGCACGCUCACUUUUGUCCGUUGGCGAUUUCCUCAACUAUGGUUCGUAUGCUGGCAAUGCAUUUGGUUUUCGAUUGGAAAUUCUUAAUCAACUUCAUGACAUUCGAUCAAGUGAAAAUCGAAAUCUACUCGGCGUUCUACUCGAACAUUCACCACAAAAUUUCAAAUUCAUCGAUGAUCUCAAACCUAUGCUUGCCGAUGAUGUUCAAUUGAAAUUGGCGAAAAUCGAAUACGUCGAAUGGAAGAAAAAGAUUGAUGAUGGUCUUAAACAAAUAAAUUCCUUCAACGAUGAACAAAUCAUAAAACAAUAUAAACCAUUCUAUGAACAAUCAAGUUCCAAACUCAAUCAGAUACUUGAUCCAUUAGUAAACGAAUGUGAUCAACAGGAGAAAGAACUUAUGAAUCAAUUUGGUGAAACCAAUAUCACUGAGUUCAAUUACGAUACAUGUUGUACGAUAUUUCGACAAUUGAUCGAACAAGUCGAGAAAGAGAACAAAGAGAAACAGAAAAGUCUCGCCAUGAGUAAAGUAUUAUUAAAUUCAACAAAAACUCUGCCAACUCAACGAACUUCUCUCGCCACUGGCAAUACAAAUAAAUUAGUUGAGAAUAAUUUUAUGGAUUCACUUAUGACAGAACUUAAACAAAAAAAAUUCGCCACCGCACCUCGAGUACGUCGGCCACGUCGAGGUCUCUUUGAUAAUGAUGAUCGUGAAGUCAAAUGA